AUGUGCACCACAAAUGCGCCAUCUUGUAAAAGAUUGACGUAUUUUGUGUGUGUGUGCGCUCUCCACGUGCAUUUCAAAAUAUUUUAGUUUCGUUUUUGUGUUUUUGUGUUUUUCUAGGUUUUCGUUGUUUUCACAGGGAAUUCUCGGAAUUCUCUGUGUUAAUUAAUUAACUCAUCAUUUGUUAUUAUUGAUACACUUCCUCGUGAAGUUGUAUCUGUAUUUUCAUUGUUUAUUUUGGUCAAAAACAUAAAGUUUGGCCUAAAAUCCGUGUUUUGUUAUUUUUCCUUGCUAGUGGUUUAAAUCCACUGCCAUCUUUGACGUCUACCUCCUUGCAAUAUCAAGCAAAGGAGAACCGGGAGGUGCAACUUGGGGGCCGAACCAACCACAACCCCAAAUUCAUUCAACUUCGUGCAUUCGUCGAUUUUUUUUGAUUUUUGAACACGUUCCUAGUGAUCCUUUCCUAGUUUCAGGACUGGAGUUAAGGAAUUGUUCGAUUGUCAAAAGGAUAUUGGAUAUUUUGGACUAGUGGAGAAUUCGACAGCGAAAAUGGCUACGGCAAGUGAAAAUAUGCAGAAUAUCGGAUCAGUGAGCAGUGGAUUGGAGGAUUCAACGGGACAUGAAGAAGAUAUUGGUAUGAUGUUUGAUGAGAAAGCAGCGGAUUGGAUUAUGAUUGCACAAGAAGCUCGAGAAGAUGCGAAGAAAUGGAAAUUGAGUGAAAGACAAGCGGAUGUCGUAUUGAAUCCGUUGAUGAAGAAAGUCGAACAACGAGUAGAGGAUUUGCGCGGGAUGGUCAAGGAAAAGUGGGCGCAAAUGCCGAAUCGGGAUGAGUGGAGAUGUUUGCGAUAUUUGAGAAGAGGAAACAAGACCAAUGUGAAGAAAUUGGCACAAUUGAUGGAGAAAGGAACAGAAUUGGUUAUUUGGGAAAGAGAAAAUGGUGAGAAGCUUGAAAAUAUUGAGAAAAAGGUCAAUGAAGAAAGACAAACGUUUAUUUUGCAGGUUGA